AUGGUCACAAACUACCACGACAGCGACUCCGACACGGACUCAUUCCACUCCUUCGAUGACAGAGAGCCCGCGCCACCUCACAGCGAACAACGAGCAAAAGGCAAGGCCGAAACCGCACAACCAGCAGAAGACCGAUUCUCCCCAGAAGAAGAAGCAGUCUUGCUCGCCGAGUCAAACUCACUGAAAGGCUCGGGCAACCAGCUCUUCGGCAACGGAUCAUUUGAGAAUGCCAUUCAAACCUACGACCGCGCCCUGUCCUCCUGCCCAAAUUACCUGGACUACGAAAUUGCCGUCCUACGAAGCAAUGUCGCCGCCUGUCAUCUGAAGUUACAAGAGUGGAAGGAGGCCGUGGAGAGCGCGACAAAAGGAGUGGAAUGUCUGGAGCGCUUGGAACCGCUACCCACAAUCAAGGGAAAGAAGCAGAAGGCGGAAGCUAAAGAGGUCGACGAGGCCGUCGCUCAGCGCAUCGAGAACCUCCGGAAGUCCGGUCGAACGCUGGACGAGGUGCGGAAACUUCAAAUCAAACUCCUCACUCGCCGCGCCAAAGGCCGAGCGGAGCAGGGUGGCUGGGCGAGCCUUCAAGGCGCGGACGAAGACUACAGAGUUCUUGUCUCACCCAAUAUGGUCUCAUUCCUGUCUCCUACCGACCGACGGCAGAUUAUCGAUGCGGCGCAGCGACUGACCCCCAAGCUCAACGAGGCCAAGGAGAGGGAGAUGGCGGAGAUGAUGGACAAGCUAAAGGGGCUGGGCAAUACCAUCUUGAAGCCGUUCGGGCUGAGUACGCAGAACUUUCAGUUUGUCAAGGACGAGAAGACGGGUGGCUACUCGAUGAAUUUCAAUCAGGGCGCGGGGAAGUAG